AUGGCUCAGCUUAAGAGCCUACCUGACGAGCUCCUGCUCGAUAUCGCGCUACGCCUUCAGCCACCCGAUCUCAAAGACCUAGCUUUAACCGCACGCCAGUUCCGCGACAUCGCGCAAGAAGCUCUUCACACUUCCAUUAGUCUCAGGACGCAUUACCAGUCUCUUCCGGAACUCCUCAGAACCUUAGUAACAAGGCCAGAUCUCGCUAAGAAGGUCCGCUCUUUGCAAAUAACGGGAUAUCGUGGUCCUCAGCAAGUUUACAGAUCGGCUGUAGGCUAUGAUGACUCCUGGGACCAGGUCGUCACACACGCAAUAAAGUCGACACAUUCUUGGCCCAUCGAUCAGAUGAAGUGGGCCAGCAGAGUCAAAUACGGCGAUCUUCAUGCUUGCAUUGGCCUAUUGCUGGUGUUGACAGAUCAGCUGCAGAAUCUUGCGUUCUGCUCUGGAGAUAACCAGGAUUUCAUGACGCCGCCGAGCCUGAGUCUGACGUUCCCUGGCAUAGCCGAAAGGCAUGCUGUUACUGCUCCUGGAUUUACGAGUUCCAUCAUCAUCGAUCCGCUGAUCCCUGCCUCACAUCUGCUGGAAGAGCUGGAGCUGAAGUGCACUGAUACCGGAGAUUCUAAACAAAUCGACUACCUCCGACCAUCGCGAUCGUUGCAACGUUUCACUUUAAUAAAGCGCCUAUCCAUUCCGCAAAGCAUUCUCAUCAACUCAACCCCCUACGAAUGUUCCCCUCUCUAUCCGUUCGAGGCGCUGCCGCCGAAUGUAGAGUACCUUAAUGUGGCUGAUCCGACUACCGCUGUGAUAGAGUGGAUCUCCGGGGUUCUGGAUGACCGCAGCAAGCUGCGCAGCUUGAAAAGAAUAUCUCUCGACUUCGAUAACGACCCGAAGCAGCGAGUAAAGGACUACAAAGAGGCUGGAGUGCAGAUUUUUGGUCGGCUGCUGGAGGCAGGCAUAUCCGUGCACUUCGAGAAUGCGAUCAUGCUGGACGCAAGCAACAUGGAGCCAAUUACGGGUGACCGCAAGGCAUAUUGCGAAGAUCUCCGCAAGAACCAUAUCCCUCAAUUCUUAUUUCGUAUUUGGAGCAGCAACAGCGGUGGAGGAUCAGAACACGCAACUAACAGUGUCAAGGAGAUCAUUCCGCACGGCUUCAUGAAGAAAGCCUCUGGAAGCGGAUUCUACGACAAGCCUGAAAGUGAGCUUUACAAAGUAGUGCAAGACUAUUACGACACCAAAUCUGUUUUCACCUCCGAAUUUAGCUCAUGGACGGGGUCACUUCACCUAGCUCUCUGCUAUGCUGGAUCCAUAGAAGAAGAAUACGGUCCCCACGUCGCAAUCAUGGACACACACCAGCUGGAUGUAGACGUCUUGGUCUGGCAUGUUCCGCACCUGUUCAAGCCCGACGGACUUCAUGAGUACUUGGCUCAUGGACCAAUCAGAGGCAUUGGAUACAAGGCCGUAUCGUACAAGACGUUAAUGUCAGCUGGUCUGGCACAGAUAUUUCCCGAGCUAUUGGAGACCGAUCUGGAUGACUGGUGUAUGAGCUUACGAGACCAGAUGUUCAACGGGCCCCCGAUUCCGGUUCCAAAGGACAACAUUGAGAAAUCUGACGAGAUGAAGCAGAUUCGAUCAAUCGCAAACCUUUACGGCCAUCUUCACUUACCAGUAGCGACUAGUCUGAUGUGUCUUCGGCUUCGACAUUGGUUAGGCUCGCGAGCUGAGGGCGAGGUUGCAUUAGACAAAGUCGCAAAUCUGUUUGCAAAUACGAAGCCAGCCAAGGAUAUUUCGAGGGGUAAUUGGCUUUGCGAAGGUGUUGUACUGACCGAGUCUCCCAUGGGUCCGCACAACUUUCCUGACGUCCGACAGUGGAUCAAACUCCUCCGAGCCAUCUCUGAACGCACAGAUUGA